AUGGCCUUACAGGCGAAGAAUACGUUCAAGCACCGACUCCUUUCGUCGAUGGGCAAAGCUGCUCGAAAGAAAGCGUUGGCGUCUGUCGAUCUGCAGAAGCAGCAAGCAAGGACACCUGACAGAGGAGACGUUGUUGGAAAACAAAAGGCUGCGGUACCUGCUGCGCAUCAACAAACGACUGCAGCUUUGUCGUCGUUUCCGUCCAUGAAUGAUGCUGGCAACGACAAAGCUUCAACGCCAACGUUGUCACAAAAACACGAAAACAAAUCGAGGGAACGAUCUCAAUCAGCGACUAUGGACUUGGGAAUGGAGCAAGCUACAUCAGAAGCUGGUAUAAGCACUUCAGUGAUUGUAGGGAAGAAGAAACGGGGACGACCUUCGAAGCUUGCUGCCGCUGUGCGUCUUGCGGUGAACAGUGUGGAGGAGAGCGCGACGAUCACGAAUGGGAGAAAAGAGUUGGUACCAACGACGAUUGCCUCGGUAUAUAAACGGAAGGUUAUGGAGAAGGAACCAAGUGCUGUGAAGCGAACGCGAGGGCAAGAGCGAGACGGGAUGGACGUGCAACUUUUGGCGAUCGAGCGGGAGGCGCUGUUGAAGCGGGUGAAGGAUGAACAGAAACAACGCCACGAAGUAUACGAGCUCGAGCGCGCCAAAUUGGAAUGCGAACUAAAGUCGAAGCAGGUCCAGCUGCUGUAUGAAAAAGCUUCUGCGCGAAAGAAGCUUGAUCAGCUUGGCGUUUCUCAGGAAGAGGUCGAUCGUAUUUUGCCGUUAUGA